AGAUCUUCUUCCACAAGGAGGAGCCCCUGAGCUCGUCCUGGUGGGAAAUGCUCUUGUGCGGAUGCGGAAAUCGCGUGUGGAAGCUUGGUGUGACAAACCGUAGAAUUGUCGCUCAGAAGAAGGAAGCCGCUGCGUUUGGAACCUGCCAGCUCACUUGCCGUGAGGAUUGCUGGCCAAUUGAGAAUGUGGCCAAGGUCAGCGUUCUUUCCGGAGAGUUCUGGGGAUACACCGUACCAGUUCUUUGGGAGCUUGCUCAACGAUACUUCGUCAUUGCUCUCUUGUUUGAUUUGCUUCACGGCUUUGUCAAGGCCAACAUCCAGGAUUUCUUUGGACCAACAGCUAACAGUGAUGUGGUGAUCCAGAGAAUCAUCAUCGGAAUCAAUGUGUUCUUGUACCUUCUCUGCAAUCUUUUGUUCCUGUUUGCCGUCGUCUACUCGUUUGCUGUCAUGGGACUUGUCAUCUUCCCCCAUGCUAUCGUGAAGGUUUACCUCACCCGUGAGCUUGAGGAAGAAGGAAACCCUCUCAGCCAUAUCGGCGGAUGGUGCUGCGGUGGAAAGAGCAACAGCAGGCCCAUGGAGUCGUUCACCUUCCAGACCCAAGAGGCAUACAAAGCCUAUCAAGCGAUCAUGGCUGCGCGAUCUGGAGUGACCAACACUGGAUGGCAAAGUGUCGGACGUGCCCAGAAAGAUUCCAAGGAGGAGCAUUAAGAAAUUAUCAAAAGGAUGAGGCCGGCGUUAUCAAGUCGCUAGCACCAUACUUUGUUCAAGUGCAUCC